GAGACAAACUCCUUACAAUUAAAAAAAACAAGGCAUGAAUAAUAACUACUGGAACUGCCUGGUUUCCCCCCGGACAGAUUAUGGUAUUGUCUUGUUGCAGGAGUGUUGCACCUUUCACUGAUGUCUCUUGUGAUGGUCAGUCUUGGAGGUGAGAGAUGAGGUUAGGUGGGUCAUUGUUCUGAUAUGGUAUGGAAAAUCCCGAUCUGAAUAUGCUAGGGGCAAAGAACAGAGCCUCUUUAACAGGACAUCAUUUGGAAGGUGAGUGUUCCAUGUAUGAAAACAUUUAUUGUUCUGAUUGCUCCUAGUCUGGUCAUCCUAUUUGCUGGGGCCUGAUCUGACAUGAUCACUGGUUGUGAUGAACAAGGUGUUGACUGUUUUGUCUUCUGUUGCCCAAGGAAUGGGUUGUAGAAGUUAGUUCAGCUUCGUUAACCCCUGAAGUUCAUUCUUGCACCCAGAAGUCCAGGCCAAACCAAUUCCUUAGUUUGUUUAAAAGGAAGGAAGAGGGUUUUUGGGGUGGAGAACAGUUGCCAGCUGGUUCAACUUCUGUAUUUCUGCUCUCCAAGAAUGCAGAGAACCCUGUCACAUUUCACUUACAGCUGAAGAGAGCUGCUGGUGCUACAGAGCUACUUGGAUCAACUGCUGGGGAUCAGAAACGUAGACGUGUAUUUAUCCAACUUUCUGGACAAGCCUUUAUUAGCUUACAUGUUUGCGUGCUGUUGUCUAGAGGACACAGUACUCUUCACCAGCCUUACUGGACUGGCAAGGAGUCUAAACUGCCAGCUAUGUUUGAAUUAUGCUCCAAACUGAAAUCUUGGUUUUUUAUCCAAUGAUGUGGCAACUUCAGAGUUUUAGACUUGAGCUCUGAUAUUGACUCCAUGUAGUCAUCCCUGUCCUAUAUCUGGGAUUGGAUUGGCUGUUUAAGAGUAGUAGCAACUGGCAGUAUGCUUUCACGUAAGAACCUGCUUUGGGGGAAUGCAUGCGACCCGAGCACAAGUUAUUGUCGCAGCCUUGAGAGUAGCAGGUGGUUUUCUACACCCAGUGUCCGCCCGUGGAAUGGUGUUGCAGCCCUCAGGGAUGUUGCCUGUUCGCUCAGCCACAAGCGAGUUCCACGCUCAUCAGAAGCAUGAGGAAAAUUAAAGUCAGAUUUCCAUGUGGAGCAGCUUAUCUCCGCCUAAUGUAAUUCCCUCUGAGGCAAUGGAGAACUCUGCUCUGGAAGGAAACUACCGGCAGAAAAGGUCCUCAAUCAAUGAGCUGGCCAUUCUCGUUUCCCGCAUGCAGAAGAAUGCCGACCAAGUGGAAAAGGACAUUCUGGAAACACAGUCCAAGCUCAAGCAGGACAUAACUAACUACCAGAAGAACAAGGCUUUCGAGUUCCAGCAGGAGAACGCGAAAAACCUGAAGGAAGCCGAGACUCUGCUGAAGGACCUCUUCCUGGAUGUGGAUAAAGCAAAGAGGCUGAAGCAUCCCCAAGCCAUCGAAAUAGAAAAAGACAUCAAGCAGCUCCAUGACCGUGUGACACACCAAUGUGCUGAAUAUCGAGAUCUCUAUGAAAAAUGUAACAUUCCUGAAGGGGGUUCCAAGCUGGACUGGGCCAAAAUUCUAGACCAGAAGCAGAAGCAAGUCAGCGUGGGACAAUAUGGCCCCACCAUGCCAGAACUGGAGAAGCAAAUAGCAGAGCACAACAUCCUCCAGAAAGAGAUAGAAGCCUACGGCCUCCAGAUCAAGAACCUCCACAGCCCGAAUGCAGCGGAUUUAAAGAGCCAGUACAAGGAUUUGCUGAAAGCCUCCGUCUGGCGAGGGCAGAGCCUAGGCAGUCUGUACAACCACCUGCAAGGCUGCACCAAGGAGUUGGGUUACCUCAAGGACCAGCAGAACAAAAUCCUGAAGCAGGACUGGAGCGACCAAAUGGCUGACCCGCCGGGCGUGCGCCGGGAGUAUGAGAACUUCAAGGCUAAUGAGCUGCUUAACCAGGAGGAGUAUGUGAACCAGCUCCAGGAUGAUGGAGACAGGAUGAUUGAACUGAAGCACCCAGCUGUGGAGCCCAUACAGGCUCACCAGGAAGCCUUGAGGAACGAGUGGCAGAAUUUUCUCAACCUCUGCAUCUGCCAGGAGAGUCAGCUGAAGAGCGUGGAGAGCUACAGGAAGUUCCAGGAGGAUGCUGACGCUGUGAGCCAGACACUAAAGAAGCUCAACUCGGACCUGGAUACAAAAUACAGCAAGUUCAACAAAGACAGUCCCGGGGUGGUGUCUGAUUUACUGCACCAGCUGGAGAAUGAGGAGAAGACUGUGAAACAAGCUGAAAAAAGCAUCGCUGAGCUGAAGAGGAAGAGCCCAGAGAUCAGCCCUCUGAAACUGCGCAGAACCUGCCCCUCCCAACCACUUGCCCUGGACACCGUCUGUGACUGGGCCUCUGGUGAUGUGCAUCUCAGCCAAGGUGAGAAGUACACUCUGAAAGACAACAGCAACCCGGAGAACUGGGUGGUGCAGAGCAGUGCUGGGGUGACAAAGACAGCUCCUGCUGCUUGCUUCUUCAUACCUCCUCCAGACCCAGAGGCCAUUGGCAGAGCUACCAAGCUGGAAAGUGAACUGAACACAGUGAAGCGGAAGAGAGCGACAGUUCAGAACUCCCUGAAAAGCAGCCAGAAGGAGCAAGUUAAGUCCAGCCAGCAGGCACCAGUCAGAAGUCCCGCCGUUGCCCAGGAUGACCCCCAAGCUGACCAGCUCCUCUCUAAAUUGAAUAAGAUUGGCGGGGACUUGGUCCAAGUGGAGAAGGAAGUUUUUAGCCGGGUGAGGUCCCCAGUAAGCCACAGUGCCCCGACCGAGGACCUUCAAAAAAGGAUUAAGGACCAGGAGGGAACCACAAAGAAACUUCAGGGCAUUGGGGCAGAUAAGGAUGCCCUGCAGAAGGAGUGUGAGGCCUUCCUGUCCAAGAAAUCCACCAGCACCACCGCCUCUCAGCUCCCCGUGACUCUGAACAACGUCAAGAACAAGUAUAAUGACGUCAAGAUGCUGUCCAGCCUGUAUGAUGAGAAAGCCAAGGCUUCCCUGAACCUGGAGAACCAGAUAGAGAUCACGGACGAGAUCAUCAGCAGCUUUGAGUCCAAGCUGGCUCAGGACAGCACCAUCCCAGCCUCUCCCAAUGCCCUGCAGGAUCGUGCCAAUGAACUGCAGAGGCUGAAGCGGGAUCAGGUUGCCCAGCAGGACUGUGUGCUGAAGCUGAACCGCAGCCUCAAGGAUGCCGAGCACAGCUGCAGCGCUGUGCAGAACAACUUCCAGGAGUACUGCCCGGACCUCCCCCGGCAGAAGCGGGAGGUCCAGCUCCUCAACGACCGCUACCAUGCUGUGGCCGACCAGCUGGAUCACCGGGAGAAGACCCUCCAGAACACCAACCUCACCUAUCAGCAGUUCCAAAACUCCAAUGAGAACAUGAUGUUCUGGAUGAACAACCUGCCCAAGCACCAGGUCAAGACCACGGAUGGGCCAAGCCAGAUCAAUUACAAGCUGCAGGCACAGAAGAGGCUGGUGGAGGAAAUCCAGGGCAAGGAGGCUGAGAAGAAUGCCGUGGUCAAACUGUCCCAGACCGUGCAGUCUGCUCUCAACGACUAUGAGCUUCAGGCAGGCAAAUACUGCUCUUCUCUGGACCCCACCCUGAGUGCUUCCGCUGCCAAAAGACUGCGCGUCACCCCACUGCAAGAAAGCAUCCAGGCCCAGGAGAAUGAAGUGACAAAACUCUACACAGAGACCGCAGCAGAAAACAAGCAGCAGCUCAGCCGGCUGGAGUUUGCCAAGAAGGUGGUAGAGAAGAAGGAAGUAAAAGAGGAGAUGCAGGCAGAACAUGAGCAAAUGCAACAGUCAGAAAAUCUGGCUCAGUCAACAAGAGAAUCAAAGGCACUGAAACUGCAGCUGGAGGAAGAAAGGAACAAACUGGCCAAGGUUCAGCAAGAGCUGGAAGAACACAGAAACAGGCUUCUGCUGCUGAAGACUCAAAGGCCCAUUGAAAGAGUGGAAGAAAAGGAGGUGGUUGAAUACUACCGAGACCCAAAACUGGAGAGCGACUUGGCUAAGAUGACGCAUCAGAUUAAGGAUGAGAGCAGAAAAAGGGACAGCUUGCAGGCAGAUAUUGAAAUGAUGAACAAGAAGCUCAUCCAGAUGGAGAAAGAGAGGAAGGUGGUUGAGACCCAGCUGCUUACCAAAGAGGUCACUAAAAUCGAGAGGGAUCCAAACCUAGAUAACCAAGCAGCUAGCCUCCGUGCAGAAAUCAAGCAUCUCAGAGAACAGAGCUCCACUGCUUCCUCUGAACUUGAACGGCUCAGGAAAGAGUUGUACGUUCUGGAGCAGAAGCAGCCCAACGUCCGAGAGAAAGUGGUAGUGAAAGAGUUGAUCAAGCUGGAAAAAGACCCAGAGAUGCUGAAGGCCGUCAGGACGUUGCAGAUGGAAAUUGACAAAGAAACCUUCAACAGGAAAUCUGUGGAGGACAUGACAAUCAAACUGAACAGUAGGAUCGAGGAGCUGGAAAGGCUGAUUGAAGUAGCAGAACCCAAAAUCAUUGUCAAGGAGGUGAAGAAGGUGGAACAGGACCCAGAGCUGCUGAAAGAGUCUUCCAAGCUUAGAACUCUCAUCGAAGAAGAGAAGAACAAGAACCUGAUGUUAACAGGAGAGCUGGCAGAGCUGCAAAGCAAAUACAUCAUUGCAGAGAGGCAAAAACCUAAGGUAGAAGUUAAAGAAAGAGUCAGUGAGAUUUUUGUGGUAGAUCCAGAGACAGAGAAGGAAAUUACUCGCCUGAAAAAGGAGCUCCAAGAAGUUACUAGUAAAAGGACAAAGAUUGACAAGGAGGUGGAAGAAGCCUUGUCUGAGCUGAACAUCCUCAGGUCUCAGAAACCAACUGUGGAGUAUAAGGAGGUGAUCCAGGAAGUGGUGAAACUUGAGAAGAGCCCAGAGAUUCUUAGAGAAAUCGACAGGCUGAAGGAACAGCUCAAUGAGUUGGUGAACACAAAUGGCAGGUCCCAGGAGCAGCUUAUCCGGCUGCAGGGUGAAAGGGAUGAAUGGAAAAGGGAAAGGUCCAAGGUUGAAACCAAGCUGGUCAACAAGGAAAUUGUCCGAUAUGAGAAUGACCCACUCUUGGAAAAAGAAGCUGAUCGCCUCCGCCAAGAGGUGCGCAAUGUGUCUCAAAAGAGGAGAGCAGCUGAGGACACCAUCUAUGACCUGCAGAACAAGUACAUGCUGCUAGAGAGGAGGAAGCCCGAAGAAAAGGUGGUGGUCCAGGAGGUGGUUCUCACCCAAAAGGAUCCAAAGCUUAGGGACGAGCACAACAGGCUGAGCCGGAGUUUGGACGAGGAAGUGAGUAACAGGCGUCGUGUAGAACGUGAGGUACAGCAGCUUCGAUCUGUGGUGGAAGAGAAAGAGAAGCUGCUUAACUUCCAGGAAGAUCGAAACAAGAGGCUUGCGUUGGAAAAGGAGCUGCGUCAAAUAACCAUGAGAAUAAAGGAAAUAGAGGAAAGCCCUGCACCAGUGCAAGAGAAGAUCAUCAUGGAAGAAGUGGUCAAGUUAGAGAAGGAUCCAGGGCUCGAGCAGGCUGCUAGUGGACUGCGUCUGGAGCUGGAAAAUGAAAAGAUGCAGGUUCUGAACCUGCAGAGGGAGUGCAAGAACCUGCAGGUCCAGAUUGACAUCCUGCAGAAAACAAAAUCGCAGGAGAAGAUCAUCUACAAGGAGGUUAUCAGAGUGGAGAAAGACAGAGUGCUAGAGAAUGAACGUGCACGGAUCUGGGAGCUGCUGAGCAGAGAGAGAACUGCCCGGCAAAAUGCAGAAGAGGACAUACGACGACUCAAGGAGAAAAUAGAGAGAGCUGAAGGAAUGAAAAGGACCUGGUCCCGUGAGGAGGCUGAUCUCCAGAAAGCACGAAACCUGGCAAUCCAAGAGAGGGCCAACCUGGAGAGUGAGCUCAGGGAGCUGGAAAGGCAGAAGCAGCAGAAAGUCCUUGUCCUCCGAGAGGAGUCCAAACUCCUCAGCCAAAAAACAGAGAAUGACAGGCAAAAAAAGAUGCAGCGUGAGCAAGAACUUUCCUUCCUGGAGGCAGCUAUCCUAAGGGAGAAGGACCAGAUCUACGAAAAAGAGAGGUCCAUCCGGGAACUCCAGUCUGGGGUCAACCGGGAAGAAAUGAGCCACGAGACCGAGAUGAGAGAGACUAAUCUCUCUACUAAAAUCUCCAUUUUGGACCCUAAGACGGGGAAGGAUAUGUCUCCUUAUGAGGCCUACAAAAGAGGAAUCAUAGACAGAAACCAAUACAUCCAGCUGCAAGAACUAGAGUGCGACUGGGAGGAAAUCACUACCUUGGGCCCCAAUGGGGAUAUUUCUGUCCUGCUCGACAGGAAGAGUGGGAAACAGUACUCCAUCGAGGAUGCCCUGAAGUUUAGGAAGAUUACGAAAGAGGAGUACCAGCUGUACAGGGAUGGCAAGAUUCCAAUCUCAGAGUUUGCUCUGUUGGUAGCAGGGGAAUCCAAGCCUCCCUCCUCUUUGUCCAUUGGCUCCAUAAUCUCCAAGUCUCCACUUCCAUCUCCGACGAUGCAGCAGCAGACCCAAAGCUUCUUUCCUCCGAGCUUGCAGAAAAGCUUCUGUGAUGACAGCUUCCCCAUUGCCGGAGUGUUCGACACUGCCACCGACACCAAGUGCAACCUAAGAACCGCUGUCAUCAAAAAGAUGGUGGAUCCCAUGACUGCUCAAAAGCUGCUGGAGGCCCAGGCUGCAACUGGGGGCAUCGUAGAUCUCAUCACGCGGGACCGGUAUUCUGUCCACAAAGCCAUAGACAGAGGGCUGAUCGAUAACACCUAUAUGCAGAGGCUGCUGAAUGCCCAGAAAGCUUUCACAGGUGUAGAGGACCCUGUGACCAAGAGGAGGCUGUCUGUUGGGGAGGCAGUUCAGAAAGGAUGGAUGACCAAGGACAGUGCCUUCCCCUACCUGCAGGUCCAACACCUGACCGGGGGGCUCAUUGAUCCCAAGAAAACCGGUCGCAUCUCGGUGCUGGAAGCAGCCCAGACAGGCAUGAUUAGCGACGACCUGGCUCAGAUGCUCCAGGAUGAGCCCAACUAUGAGAAGGAUCUUGUUGACCCAGUCACCAAGGAAAAGAUGAAUUACAAAGAAGCCAUGACUCGUUGCCGGAAAGAUCCUCUGAGCGGCCUGCUGCUACUCCCAGCCACCUCCGAGGGAUUUCAGUCUCAUCGGCUCUCUCAUGAGCACUAUUCUCCCAUGUUGUCACGAUUCAGGCACUAAAACGAGCUCCAUGUUCCCUCCAAUUCCAUCAGGAUAUUAAGCCACAGUGGUACUCCCAGAUGCAGACUGCCUACCAUUUCUGGCUGCGUACUAUUCUAGUGAGCUAAUCUUGCUUCCCCAUAACUGGGGCAACAGAGGAAGAUAAGGCAUUCAUCGGGGUGAAAGGGUUCUAGCAUAGGUGUCUGCAGGAGCAGCGCCAGGGUUUUUGGCACCCUAGGCGGGGGUCCUUCCGUGCUCCUGGUCGUUGGCGGCAA